GUUCAGUUGUCAAGACCAGGUUGCUUCUUGAAGGCUUGGAAGCAGAUAGCAAAGAUGUCUCUUUAUCGUCACAAUCCCCAAGUUUUGUUUUUGCCUACACCAGAUCGUCACAUCAUAAGUCCUGAAAUAGCCUUUUCUUUUGAAAGUGAAAUCAUUUUUGAUCUAACAAUAAUUGAUCUUCAUCGCCCUCAGAGUCCAGGUUCUAAAAAGUUUUUACAAAUUGUGGAUCUAGACGUGCAGAAGAAAAUCCAAGUAUUGAGUAAAUGUGAUGAAAGUGAAUGCUCCAUUUCAUUGCCUCCCUUGUAUCAAGAUAAGACACACAAUCUUCAAGGCAGAGCAUUGAAAGUGGCCACAUUCAACUAUCCACCUUAUGCGGUUUUAGAACCUUUAGAUGGAACAGAAGUGAGAAUAGUAAUUGAAUAUGCUCGACUACACAACUGCUCCAUACAAGUAGUCACUGAUCAAGCAGAGUGGGGCCAGAUCCAUGAAAAUGGAACAGGAAAUGGGAUCCUAGGUAACGUGGCAGUGGAGAAAGCAGAUGUCGGACUGGGGGCUUUAUACUUGUGGUAUCACGAGUACAAGUUCCUGGACUUCUCUGUAGCCUACAUCCGCACAGGCAUCACCUGCUUAGCUCCUAGACCAGAGCUAUUGUCCAACCUGCUGUUGCCAAUCCGACCUUUCAACAUCUUCACUUGGCUCAUCGUUUUAUGCGCUGUACUAGUUGCCAGUGUUGCACUUUACUACAUUAAGAAGCUUGAAAUUUCAUUCUUGAAGAAUUGUCACAAAAAAAGAAAAGAGAAGAAUUACAAGUGGUUUACAACCAAGGAGGACACAUUGCUACGAACAUUAGGGUUCCUAGUGUUGCAAGCAUCAAGCAACCGUACAGUGGAAAAAGGAUCUGUGAGACACCUGGUUAACUGGCUACAUGUGGCCUUCCUGUUGGUGGCCACCAGCUACAGCAGUGGUUUGGCCUCCAUCCUCACCGUGCCAUCCUACCUUCCACCCAUAGACACAGUGUCAGACCUGGUCAAUAGAGAACUUCAAUGGGGUGCAACUCAUGAUGCUUGGAUCUUCUCCCUCCGUGAAGCCACUGAGACUCAAAUGCACACUUUAGUCAGCAGAUUCCGGGCCCUGACCAAGGAACAGCUCUACUACAACUCUCUGACUGCCAGCUUUGCGUUUUCUGUUGAGAGGCUUCCAGCAGGUCAUUUUGCAGUUGGUGAUUAUAUAACGGAAGAAUCUAUGAAACAUCUCCGCCUCAUGAAACAGGACAUUUAUUAUGAACACUGCAUUUUUGUUUUCCAAAAAGGUUCCCCUUACCUGCAGAGCUUCAACCACCUGAUCCAUCGUCUGCUAGACUCCGGCCUGCUGCUGUACUGGGAGGGAGAGGUGGCUCGGAGGUUCCUCAACUCUCGAGUACAAUCUGCAGUGAAGGAGAGUGCCAGCGUAGGUAUGCAGCAUCACGCUCAUGUGGCACCAACGCCCAUCAACCUGGGCCACAUGGAGGGAGCCUUCAUCAUCUUGGGUGUGGGUGUUACCAUGUCCAUCCUCACCUUCCUGGCAGAACUGUAUGUGGGUGUCAGAUACGAUGUAUACAACAAGAGACGACAAGCCGCGGCUCGGCCCAGCAGCAAGGAGCCACUCUGUUACGGCUUUCAUCAUUAAGAGAGUUAUACAUAGAGUAGAUUGUACCGUUUAGUCUUGGUGUAUUAUUAUUUUUUUUACUCUGAUUUAUUUUAUUUGUUAUUUACAGUCUGUAUUUUCAAGUGAUUAACCAAACAAAAAGAUACACAGUAGCAAAAGAGGCUAGUGCACACUGCACAUGCACAAGUAUAUGGCAGAACACCAGCUGGCAGGCUUGCUUUGGUCAGCACAUUUUCCUAGUGCUGAGAAGAAUGAUAUCAGUAUUCGGUUUGUCAAAUCAAAAUAUUUGAUCGACUAUUGAAUGUACUUAUUAGUUUAAAUUGUUCUUUCAUGAUUCCUACUGGUUUCAGCAAUAGAAUACAUAAAAUUAAUAAUAUGUUUUCACUAGGUACAGCAUUUGGCACAUUUUCAUUUCUCCUCUAAUAUCCCAAAACAUAUUACUAGUAUCAUAAACUAACUUAAAACAACACAGAUAAAAAAAAAACAGGUAAUUUUGGAGAGCAAGAUGUCUUCUGUUAGGUACCUAUCUUUGGCUAGUUAAAUUUUUGCUGGUAGCUGUAAUUUAUUUAAAAGUGACCUAAUUUUGAAAAUAUUUUUCUGUAAUGUGUUUCCAAGGGUUUUCCAAGCAAAAUUUUAGCCAAAGUAAACAGAGUUAGUAAACAUUAAGUUGAAUCGUUUAUUUUUUAUAUUUGUUAUAACCAUAUAAUUCAUCAACCAUAAUAACCAUAACAACUAUCAAAACAUAAUACAUCUAAAACUUUGCCCUGUCUGAAGCCAGCGCCAGUUUUCUGAUGUUGCUCAAGCACCCUGCUGAUGCUUCUUGAAGAACCUCAUCUGAAGAACCAAUGGUCUUCAGCAAGUACUGAGAACAAACAAGAGCUACAAUCAUUCAAUAUUUUGUUGUCGUACUGCAUAAAAAAACAGCUGUUUUAAUAGAUGCUUUG